AUGCCUCUGCAGCUCCUGAACCUGGUGCUGCUCCUCUCUUCACUCAGAGUCUUAAUAUGUGCCUGUGAUGCCUGCAAAACUGUGACACUACAUGUUCCCUCCAAACUGGAUGCUGAGAAAUUUGUUGGUAGAGUGAACCUGAGGGAGUGCUUGAAGUCUGCAAAUCUAAUUCAUUCAAGUGAUGCUGAUUUCCAAGUUUUAGAAGAUGGUUCAGUCUACACAACAAACGCUGUUCUGUUUUCCUCCGAGAAGAGGCAUUUUACCAUCUCACUUUCCAGCUCUGAGAACCACGAGGAAAAGAAAAUGCAUGUCCUUUUAGAGCAUCAAACAAAGGCACUAAAGCAAAGUCAUCCCAAAGAAAAAGUUCUCAGGCGUGCCAAGAGAAGAUGGGCUCCAAUUCCUUGCUCAAUGAUGGAGAACUCCUUGGGUCCUUUUCCACUUUUUCUUCAACAGAUCGAAUCUGAUGCAGCCCAAAACUACACUGUAUACUAUUCUAUAAGUGGGCCUGGAGUCGACCAACCACCUGUGGAUUUAUUUUAUGUCGAGAGGAACACCGGAAACCUGUUCUGUACUGCUGCCGUAGAUCGUGAGCAGUAUCCCUCUUUUGAGAUUGUGGCCUUCGCAGUAACUCCAGAUGGCUAUCACCCAGAAUUCCCACUUCCCCUGCUCAUCAGGAUUGAGGAUGAAAAUGAUAAUUACCCAAUUUUUACAAAUUCAACUUACAUAUUUACAAUUGCGGAACAUUCCCGAGUCGGCUCCACCGUGGGACAGGUGUAUGCAACUGACAAGGACGAGCCUGGCACGCUGCACACGCAGCUCAAGUACUCCAUCCUGCAGCAGCUGCCAGCGUCCCCCACCCUGUUCUUCAUGAAUCCGACCACUGGUGUGAUUACCACCACGACGGCCCAGCUAGACAGAGAGCUACUUGAUAAAUACCAGCUGAAAAUAAAAGUGCAGGACAUGAAUGGCCAACAUUUUGGCUUGCAGACGACCGCGACCUGCAUCAUUUGCAUUGAAGACGUGAAUGACCACUUGCCGACCUUCACGCGCUCUUCUUACGUGGCAUCGGUGGAAGAAAAUACAGCGGAUGUGGAAAUCUUACGUGUCAGCGUUGAGGAUAAGGAUUUAAUUAAUACCGCUAAUUGGAGAGCUAAUUAUACCAUUUUAAAUGGCAAUGAAAAUGGACAUUUUAAAAUUGUAACAGAUCCCAAAACCAAUGAAGGGGUGCUGUGUGUGGUUAAGCCGCUCAAUUAUGAAGAAAGACAGCAGCUGACCCUGCAAAUCGGGGUGGUUAACGAAGCCCCGUAUUAUAGAGAAACGACUUCAAAAUCAGCCAUGAGCACGGCCACCAUCACUGUUAACGUGAAAAACCAGGACGAGGGCCCGGAGUGUAGCCCUCCGCUGCAGACGGUGCGGAUCAAAGAGAACGCGCCAGUGAAUACGAGGAGCCAGGGAUACAAAGCGUACAACCCAGACACGAAGAGCAGCAGCGACAUCAGGUAUAAGAAAAUAAAUGAUCCAAAAGGGUGGAUCACGGUCGAUGAAAACACGGGAUCAAUUACAACUUUUAGAAACUUGGAUAGAGAGGCCGAGUCCAUCAGAAAUGGUGUCUAUAACGUCACCAUCCUUGCAACAGACAAAGCUGGAAGAACAUGUACUGGGACACUGGGCAUCAUCCUUGAAGAUGUGAAUGAUAAUGGCCCAGUGAUCCUUAAAAAGACGGCGAUCAUCUGCAAACCCACCAUGUCCUCCACGGCGAUCGUGGCUUUUGAUCCGGAUGACCCUGUGAACGGCCCACCCUUCCGCUUCAGUUUGGAGGACGAUUCUGAUGCGGACGCACAGAGAGUGUGGGCGCUGACAAGGAUCAAUGAUACAGCAGCGCUUCUUUCCAAUCAAAAUGACCUUCCGUUUGGCCCAUACACAGUCCGUGUGAGAGUUACGGAUAGGCACGGCCUGUCACACACCACCCCCUUGAAUGUCAUCAUGUGUGACUGCGUUACCGAAAACGACUGCUCGCUUCGCGGCGUUUCCAGGACCGGCACCGGGGAGUUCAGGCUGGGAAAGUGGGCCAUCCUUGCCAUCCUGUUGGGCAUUGCCUUGCUCUUCUGCAUCCUCUUCACCCUAGUCUGUGGGGCGACUGGGGCGGCCAAAAAGCCCAAAGCCUUUCCUGAUGACGUAACCCAGCAGAACCUCAUUGUGUCCAACACGGAGGCUCCUGGCGAUGACAAAGUGUAUUCCGCCAACGGCUUCACCUCCCACACGGUGGGCAGCGCAGGCGCCGGGGCCUGUGGCACCGUGGGAUCCGGGGUGAUCCACGCGGGGCAGGAGACCAUCGAAAUGGUGAAAGGACACCAGACCUUGGACUCGUGCCGGGGCGGCGGGCAGCUCGCGCGGGAGCCCUGCGGGGCAGGACACGUGGAGGUGGACCCCGGCAGAUACACCUACUCCGAGUGGCGCAGCUUCACCCAGCCCCGCCUGGGCGAGAAAGUGCAGCUGUGCAAUCAGGAUGACAGUCACGAACACGCCCAAGACUACGUCCUCACCUACCGCUACGAGGGCCAGGGCUCCGCGGCCGGCUCUGUGGGCUGCUGCAGCGAACGGCAGGAAGACGAUCGCCUGGACUUUUUGGAUCAUUUGGAACCCAAAUUUAGGACAUUGGCAGAAGCAUGCGUGAAGAGAUGAGUGCAUCCAGAUAAGUCUACCAGAGCCCCAGUGGCUUUAUCGCCUUUUCUUUCUUUGUAUUUUUUAUUUUUAUUAAAUUAAAGACCAGG